CGUUGUGACCAAUAUCUAAGCGGAACCAUGGGGCUUGGUGGGAGGACGGUUAGUGAUGUAGCACACUGUAAGGGUGAGAGUUGAAGGGUAUGUUGUGACUAUGGCUUUUAGUGUUGGUGCACGGCAUGGCAUUUUAGCUAGUAAAGGUUGGCUUUUUCACGCUCUCCCGGGGACAUUGUCGCCACAUAUAAUCGCUAUUCAGAGAUCGGCUGAAAUACAGGCCCUGCGAGGUUCAUCCCACUCAAACACAGACUCACAACACAACGAGGCAUACUGCAUCGAUCUUGUGAGGAAGCGAGACUAUGACGGGUUUGUGUGCUCUCUGCUGUCCCCGGAGGUCUCCCGGCGCUCAUCCCUGGCCCUGAGAGCCUUCAACGUGGAGCUGGCCCAGGUCAAAGACUCUGUUUCCCAGAAGACGAUUGGUCUGAUGCGCAUGCAGUUCUGGAAGGCGACGAUAGAGGAGAUCUACAGGGAUGACGCCCCCUUACAGCCGGUCUCCACGGAGCUGUGGAAGGCGGUGAAGCAACACGGUCUGACCAAGAGAUGGUUGCUGAGGAUCAUUACAGAGAGGGAGAAAGACAUGGAGGACCGAGCCUACAGGAACCUCCAGGAGCUGGAGGCGUACUCGGAGAACACCCAGUCCUCGCUGCUCUACCUCCUGUUGGAGAGUCUCGGUGUGAAGAACGUUCAUGCUGACCACGCAGCAAGCCACAUCGGCAAGGCCCAGGGCAUCGUGACCUGCCUGCGCGCCGUACCCUACCACAGCAGCAGGCGAAAGGUCUAUCUGCCCAUGGACGUCUGCAUGCUGCAUGGCGCCUCACAGGAAGACUUCAUCCGUGGAAGCCGGGAACAGAACGUACGCGACGUCAUCUACGACAUCGCCAGCCAAGCUCAUGUUCACCUGGAACACGCUCGGAGCUUCAGCAAAAACGUUCCUGCCUCUGCUGCCCCUGCAUUCCUCCAAACGGUGGUGCUGGAGGACUACCUGCAGAAGGUGCGGCGGGCCGACUUUGACGUGUUCCACCCCAGCCUGAGGAACAGGAACCCCCUCCUCGCCUUCCAGCUGUACCUGCGCUCCUGGAAGAAGACCUACUGACCGCCGGACCACCGCUCUCUCCCUCUCUGGCCCCGAGUUACAGAACACCCUCCCGAUGAGUCAGGGGCAGGCCGCUCACUGAGGAGGGGGUGGAGUCUCAAUGUGUGUGUGGGUCUGAACAGAACAGAACACUGACCAUCACCAAUUCUCCAAAGCUGCUUGUUGUGGGCGGCUUCUGUCCCUGAACACACAGGAGCACGGACAUCCACUGUUUUCAAGCCAACCCUUCACCUACUGUUGCACAGUGUUGCUAUUGUUCUGCAUUGGUCCUGGUAUUACUAUGGUAAAGUAUUGGUCACCUUGUGUACUCAUUCCAGGUCUACCAAGACUGGCAACGAUUCCAUUAAUAUGCUAUGGUACCCAUGAACCGUGUGUGUGUGUGUGUGUGUGUGUGUGUGUGUGUGUGUGUGUGUGUGUGUGUGUGUGUGUGUGUGUGUGUGUGUGUGUGUGUGUGUGUGUGUGUGUGUGUGUGUGUGUGUGUGUGUGUGUGUUCAGUAGGGUUGUCCUGGUACUACUGUUUAAAGUAGUAGUUUAUACUAAUCCACAAACAUAGGCUGUGCACAAUUUAUUUAUUACAAUUACCCCGACAAGCUCUGGUGAGGUGCUAUAAGUAUGUAUAUAUUUAUACUUGGAGUCUUAUGAAGGACUUUACUUCUUUGAAAUCCCAGACUUAGUAGGUCAGGGUAACAGUGCGCCGAAGCAAGGCACAAAUGUCAUUGUUCUUCAUUCUUGAAAACGGCACUGGGUAUACUGCGAUGUCUUUCUGGGCAGCACAAGAACUGUAUCUUUUACUGGUCGGUCACUGGUGAAUGCACACUGGAAGCGAGUGGUUGUGGUGGACGAGUCCUGGGUGUGUGAAUGUGAUUUGAUUCUGUAAAUGUAUAAUGCUUUGCUUCCGAAAAAUACAUCUAUAAAAUAUGAACCAGGUAAAAAAUGGAUGGAUAUAUUUUUGGUUGUAUUGGGCUGGACAAACUAAUGCGAUCAUCAAAUUGUGGUUUGGAUAAUGGGCUACAUCUAGCAAAACAACAUCAAACUAGCACUGUAGACUCCGA